CCCACUCACUGCCCACUCACCCUCAUUAUCAAAUCUCUCUCUCAUUUCCACAUUUGUCCUAGUUUUUCUAAUUUUCUUCUUUAAUUUGGUACCAAAAAGAGAGAGCAAAAAACUAAGAAAACAAGAAAUGGCAGUGUUCCUGGCCAGAGUGCUCUGCCUCUACAUGGCUUCACUCAUAUCCUUAAUGUGGAUGGUUCAGGCUAGAAUUCCAGGGGUUUACACUGGUGGUGCUUGGCAAGGUGCUCAUGCUACCUUCUAUGGAGGUUCUGAUGCUUCAGGCACCAUGGGUGGAGCAUGUGGGUAUGGAAACUUGUAUAGCCAAGGGUACGGCGUGAACACGGCGGCGCUGAGCACGGCGCUUUUCAACAGUGGCCUGAGCUGCGGUGCUUGCUUUGAGAUCAAGUGCGCCAACGACAAGCAGUGGUGUCACUCCGGCAGCCCUUCCAUCUUCAUCACCGCCACUAACUUCUGCCCUCCGAACUACGCUCUCCCCAACGACAAUGGUGGCUGGUGCAAUCCUCCUCGCCCACAUUUUGACCUCGCCAUGCCCAUGUUCCUCAAGAUCGCUGAGUACCGCGCCGGCAUCGUCCCCGUCGCCUAUCGCCGGGUGCCAUGCAGGAAGCCUGGUGGGAUCAGGUUCACAAUCAACGGCUUCCGUUACUUCAACCUAGUUCUGAUCAGCAACGUCGCGGGUGCAGGGGAUGUUGUGCGCACCUACGUGAAGGGCACCCGAACCGGUUGGAUGCCGAUGAGUAGGAACUGGGGUCAAAAUUGGCAGUCAAACGCCGUUUUGGUGGGCCAGGCCCUGUCAUUCCGUGUCACCGCCAGCGACCGUCGCACGUCCACCUCCUGGAACAUUGCUCCGGCACAUUGGCAAUUCGGUCAAACUUUCACCGGGAAGAAUUUCCGGGUCUAAUAACUCACUAUACCGGUCACCAGUCAACUUCACUUUUUUUAUUUUAAAAUAUUAAUAUGUGAAAAGCACAACACUCCAUUUUGUCAUGGUUUCCCACCAAUUAUCUAUUUACGGUUUUAUUUUACCCCCUUCUGGCGCCCAUUUUCGUAGCAGAUGCUGCUGCUUUUUUGACUGGAUGUUUCGGAGACUGUGAAUGUGUUCAGAGAGAAAGGUUAAAAAUAUAGAUGGAUUGGGUGAACUAGAACCAGUGAGUGAAUGACAGCUUUCUUGUGACAAUUUGUUGACUUUUGGGGUUCGUGCCUUUGAGGUUGUGCAUUUCAAUUUGUAUUGUUUUGUAGACUUGGAAAGAAGAAGAGCAUAGGAAAUGCUGAAGCGGCUAACAAAAGUGUUAGCCCGCGGCUAAUUAGUGUUGUGUUAUUAAACUGAUGUUAUACUCAAUGUAUCUGAGAAAGGUGUGUUAUGGUUAAUACAUUUAUGCUCUUCAAGUUCAA